CUUCAUCUCUGCCGAGAUCGGAGUCUUGAGGCAACAUCAGCGAAAGAAGGAGCUGCUCAGAUCUUAAGAGGGACAUUGCAGUUUUUUUGGUACCAACUCCAAAAUGCAAACAGUAAGGUCUUUCUUCGUCCCCCAGUGGUCUUCGGAUGUGCGUCUUGACGGGAAGACGGCCAUAGUCACCGGGGGCAAUGUUGGGAUAGGCAAAGAAACGGCUAAAGACCUGGCUGGCAGAGGUGCCCGGGUGAUUUUGGCGUGCAGAGACAUGGUGAAGGCAGAGCAAGCUGUUUGUGACAUCAUGAGGGAGGUGAAGGGAGCCAAGGUCGUCGCCAAGCAACUGGAUCUGGCUGACACUACAUCGAUCUGUCACUUUGCCGAGAAUGUCUACAACACUGAGAAGGCUCUUCACUACCUGAUCAACAAUGCAGGCGUGGCCUUUUGCCCUUAUGCCAAGACAGUGGAUGGAUUUGAGACUCACUUCGGAGUCAAUCACUUGGGCCAUUUCUUCUUAACUUUUCUGCUGCUGGACCUGCUGAAGCACUCGGCCCCGUCCCGGGUCAUCAACGUGUCAUCGAUGGCUCACACCAUGGGCAAGAUCCAGUUUGAUGACCUGGGCGGGGAGAAGGACUACCACCCGGUCAGGGCCUACGCACAGAGCAAGCUGGCCAACGUCCUGUUCACCAGAGAGCUGGCCAAAAGGACUGAGGUUAUGGGUGUCAUGGCUUACUCAGUGGACCCCGGCAUGGUGAACACUGAAAUCACAAGGCACGUAAUGCGCCCUCUUGUGGACAUAGUCAAAACCUUCAGUAUGAUGAUCAAGACUCCAGCAGAGGGAGCCUACACCACCCUCCACUGCAUCGUCACUCCUGAGAACCAGAUGCACACUGGAGGAUACUACAGGGACUGUGCCAGGGCUCAGAGCUCCAGGGCAGGUCAGGAUGAUGGCACCGCCUUGAAGCUGUGGGCUGUGAGCUGCCACCUGCUCGGCAUUCGCUGGAGAUAAAUGUGCUCUCCUGCACGCCGGGAAGCAAUAUUCAGUUCAUAUUCAUUGAUUACUCUAAAUAUCCCGCUGAUGCUUCCUCGUUAUACUGAAUGUUAUGCAUGUGAUCGACAUAAGCUAUGUAAGUAGACUAAAAGGAUCUGCUCAAGUUUGACUGGUAAGAUGUGGAAAAAUCCAGCGUGUAGGAUUUGGUGACAUCAAAUGUGAUGCUGCAACCAACUAAAUAACCCUUGCACAAAAACACAAAAAAUAAAAAUGCAAAAGAUCCUCUCAAGGGUUGCAUUUUGGUUUGGUUUCACUCUGUAUUGUAGAAACAUGGCAGUGCAAUAUGGCAGAUUCUAUGAAAGAGGACCCAGGCCUGACCAAGGAAGGAACAUUUUAUACAGCAAAAUUGGUGAGCUCUAUACAAUAUGUAGUUGUUAUAUGCCUCAAAUAAUGUGCACAAACCAGGCAUGAAUGAGGAAAUGUGUUCAGAAGUUAAUCUGUCAGUCUGUCUGUCUGAUUUGUAGAGUUGCUCGAAAUUUUUAGUCAAACAUUCAUACAGGAUUUAUGGAUGUCCGUGGCAUUCCAGACUCUUACUGGUUUGCAACUGAGCAGCAAAUCAAACUGCAAAUAGAACACGAGUCCAAUCUAUUCUUGUUAUUGUGGCUGAACAUUAUUUAACAUGUCCUGUGUCCCAUUUCUCCUUUUUUUAAAAUAUCAUUUUGAGGCCUCAUAAAGUCACACACUCAAAUAUUUAGCCCUCAAGGGGGAACUUGACACUGGACCUCACUCACAUUUUCUUGUUUUUCAGGGUGGAAAAGCCAUGAACUGCAUGACUCUCCCUCUGAUUGGCCAACUGCAACAUUCUAAUUUUAACCAAUCUCAACAUUCCUGCUCUGACCAAUCCCACUAGUCAAAUCCUGCCAAUCAGGUAGCACCAUUCUCAUGAAUAUUAAUAAGUUUUCCCUGCAAGAAGGAAAACCUUUGACCUGCUUUUUCUGUGAAUGCAUUGAUUUUAAGGUCACAUAAACACAACUACUCCUAUUGUUCAGGUAAUUAAAAAAAAGAAACCCCAUAAAUAUUAAUAUGAUAUUGCAUUUCUGCCAGUUGACUCCCUAAAUCCUACACACUGGACCUUUAAGAGGAUUAAACACAAGAAAGUAACCGCUGGGAAUAAAAAUAUCUUUAAUA